AUGCAAGGAAUUGUUCGUGCUCUCAAAACUGAUUUUCCAGAAUUACGGAUCAAGGAAUAUCAUGGUAAAUCUGAUCUGGUGGAGAAGGCUCAUGACUUUAGCAACGUAGAAGAAUCAUGGAAAGACGUAGACCUAGUUGUCUAUACUAGUACUCUAAAGAUAGGAGUGUCUUGCACCAAUCCCAAGUUUGAACGAGCAUUCUGCAUCUUUAACAGUUAUAUAGAAACGAAUGCUGGGACAAAUCAGAUGUUAUUCCGCAUGCGAUAUAUCAAAGACUAUAUAUGUCAUAUCGAACAAAGAUCGUUUAAUAUUCCUAUUACAGAGAAAGGAUUAUUCCAAUGGUUGUUGAAUGCCAAACGAGAAUGUCUUCCCCGAGAACUUCAGAAUAGAGGAAUAUUUCCUGACAUAGACUCUAUCAUCCAGAAUAAGGAUGUACCAACCAUUCGAUUAUGGGUAGCAUUUAUGUUGGAGAAAUUCCAACCUAUUCCUAAAUACGAUGAAAAUGUUACAUUAUUAUCUCAAGUUGUAAAGUUGAAUUCCGCUACUGUUAAGACAGAGAAGAUAUCAGCAAUAACUAAUGCUAAUAUCCUCGAUCAUGAGACUGCUGAAUUAUUGGAAAGCAAGUCGAAGAAGACUUUAAAAGAGAUACGCUCUUUAGACUGGCAUCAUAUUGCAGAUUGUUAUGAGAUUUCAUCUGAAUCAUUGACCGAAGAGUUCAUCUCAAAGUAUGGGAAUUAUAACCAUAUGAAAUGGUUCAGAGCUUAUAGGCAGUUACGAGAUGCUGGUACUGACAACGAAACGGCUGUUGAGGCUAUCACCCAUAAAGAUUAUAGAGAAGAUAGGCUUACAACUAUAACCCGGGCUGAGAGGCAUCGAAUUUGUCUAGAAUUAUUAAAAAUUUGUACACCAGCUAGAGAUAUCGAUGAUAGAGCCAGAUAUAAAUCUGAUGUUGUUAAGAUGCGUCUGAAUUCUCCUGAAUCGAUAUCUCAUCUCCAGGAUUUAGUUCUCAAAAUGGCUCGGGUAUUUGACAAUACAGAUGCAUCGCGUAGAGUUAAAAAAUCAGGAUUGAAAACAGAUCAGGCAAAACUUGGUUUACUGAACUUAGCACUAUAUGCAACUUAUGGGUUGAAAUUUAAGGCUGUAGAUAGGAGUCACAGGUAUUACCGCCUAGAUGGAUCAUUCGAUACUAAAGACACUCCUAGAUUACCUUCAUAUCAAACGGGUGAAGAAAUUUAUUGGGAAAAUGGGCAAGAUACUCGGUAUGGAUAUAGUAAACUCCCACCUGAUAAAUUAAUAGAUAAUUUUACUAUUUCUAGCAAACCUUCUGCUAUUUUAUAUAAUAUAAUUCCGCAAAAGGCUACAUCUAUCGAAAAUUCAGAGAGGAUUCCUAAUGCUCUGGGUCGAGCAAUCACUAAUCCCCAAAGAGGCCGAGACCCAUAUCCUCAUCAUCUGACUUGGAAACUGGAUCUUCAUAGAUUCUGGGUGUCUCUUUGUAAAGAAGUGGGAAACAAGUAUUCAUGGAUCGAAGCAUUAUUAUCAUCUGACUUGGAAAUUGGAGCUUCAGGGAUUUGGGUUGAAGGGCCUCAGCUUCAUACUUCUGCCUCAUCCGAUAAUUUAGCAAAUGAAAUCUACUCGAAUGAUCAGGACAAUAUCUCUAUUUCGACCUGUGUACAGAUUACAGCUAUUUGCGAAAAUAAUGGACCACCUAAUUCAUUUUUCGACUGCGAAAUCACCACCACCACAACACCACCACCAUCACUUCCAUUUCAAGAUAAUCAUCGUCAAAAGUUGGCCAGAAGGUUGGCCAGAAGGUUGGUUGGAAGAUUGGUCAGAAGGUUGUUGGUUGGAGGAUUGGUCAGAAGGUUGUUGGUUAGAGGAUUGGUCGGAAGGUUGUUGGUUAGAGAUUGGUUGGAAGAUUGGUUAGAAGGUUGGUUGGAAGAUUGGUUGGAAGAUUGGCCAGUACUUGUUAAUAAAACAGUCUCUUCUCCUUCUUCAACAUCAGCGUCAUAUCCAUCAUUAAAGGACUUUUCACUUUCCGCAAAUUUCAUCAAUGCUAAAAUAAUUUGGGAUGCCAUAAUUGAAUUUGGAAUUUUACUUAUAAUUACGGCAGUCCAAAAUAAUUUGGGUGGCAUGUAUAGCGCCGCCAGUUCAUUAUUACAAAAAUUAUUGCCCAUAACUCGCUCACAGUCAAUAUAUUCACGUAAAAAUAAUCGUAACUUAAAAUUAAAAUAG